AUGUCAAUCGAAAAUCUCAAGACCUACGACCCCUUCGCCGAAGCCGACGAGGAGGACUCCGGACAGACCAAACAAACUCAGGAGUACAUCCAUAUCCGCAUUCAGCAGCGCAAUGGACGCAAGACCUUGACUACCGUCCAGGGUAUUCCCAAGAAGUUUGAUGCCAAGAAGAUCCUAAAGGUCGUCAAGAAGGAAUUUGCCUGCAAUGGCACCAUCAUUGGCGAUGAGGACUCCAAGAUGGGCGACGUGAUUCAGCUCCAGGGCGAUCAGCGUGCCAAGAUCAAGGAUUUCCUUACCAACAAGGACGAGGGCCUCGGUCUCGAUGCGAAGACCAUCAAGGUCCACGGUUUCUAA